CACUCCCAUGCAAUGACUGCACCAUCUUUGACGCAGCCUUGGCUCUUAGACAUAAAAUCGGAGCUUAGAAAAGUUCCCUUUUUGGAAUACAACUCUCCAAAUGUCCACCUGCUAAGGUCUGGAAAGGGGUGUAGCCCCCAAAAAACUGACCUUCCCAUUACAGUCUGCAGGGUUUUCUGGUGGAGUCUAUUCUUUGUUUCUAAGUAGAAGACAGGUAGCCAUCUCUUGGGAGUGAAUUAGCUGUGGAUCUUCCAUGGCAUUAGGAUGCCGCCUGAGUGACCUGGCUACCUCUCCAUGGCAAGGUAGCCCUCUCAGUCCUACUCCAUGCCCCUUGCACCAAGAGACCAGUUGGUGCCUUGUGGCUGUGCAUUGGCCUUUCUCCUUCCAUCUUAGCAGAGAAGCGGAGAACCAAGGCUUCCCGAGGUAGAGAUGGCACCGUCUGAAAUCUGAAAUCAGCUCUUUCUACCCAGAAUCCAAGAAUCUAGGAGACGGCUGUGAGAUUUCAUUUCCAAAAAAGACUCAGCUCUCUUCCCUGACAACGCUCCCCCUCCAAAAAAAGCAGUUUCCUCCUGAAUUGCCAAAGGGAUUGGGAGAAGCCAGGAGACGGAGAGCCCCCUCUCUGCCUUUCCUCUCCGGUUCCUCCAGCGAGAGCCAGGAGACAUCUGCACCCGGGUUCAGUCUGUGCCAAAUGCCAAGGGAGACAGUGCAGGAUCUGGCAUCCAGGAGGAGGAGGACAUCCACAGACUGCCGCCUCUUUUUAAUUUGCAAGCAGGAAAAAAAAUAGGAAAACCUCCUCUUAAUUCGCUUCCCUUGGCAACUCACGAAACAAGUGGCGGCACUUCCAACAAGGCUGGCACAAGGGGCAAUUAAAUGGAGGAUUGUGACCAAGAGCUGGCUGAAGCCUAACCAGACUCUCCAAGUCCACCAAACGGUCCCCCGCACCUGCCUUUGUUGCCAGCCAAUGCCCGCCAGUCCCUGCGUCUAUCACCAGUGAGUGCUUCCCUGCCUCUGCCACCUGCUCAGGCCUUUGAGUUUGGACCUUCUUCGCCAGUGAGGAUGAAUGACCUCUUGGACCCAGGCUCCCAGGCCAACCUCGGGGUGGUCUCAGCCACCUGCGUCUCCAAGGUGGAGCUCCGGGUCAGCUGCAAGCACCUCCUCGACCGCGACACCCUCAACAAGUCGGACCCUUGCGUGGUGCUCCUCAUGCAGUCCCAAGGGCAAUGGGUGGAGGUGGACCGGUCGGAAGUCAUCAGGAGCAACCUGAACCCGAUCUUUGCCAAGGUCUUCAUGGUUGACUAUUACUUCGAGGAGGUGCAGAAGCUGCGCUUCGAGGUCUACGACAUCCAUGGCCACGGAGGCAUCGGGACCCACGAUGAUGACUUCUUGGGAGGAAUGGAGUGCACAGUCGGCCAGAUUGUGGCCCAGAAGAGGGUGAGCAAACCUCUGUUUCUGAAGUAUGGGAAGUACGCUGGCAAGUCCACCAUCACUGUGACUUCGGAAGAGAUUUCUGGAGACAACGGCUUUGUAGAGCUCUUCUUCCGGGCAAAGAAGCUGGAUGACAAGGAUCUCUUCAGCAAGUCAGAUCCCUUUCUAGAGAUCUACCGGAUCAACGACGAUGGGAGUGAACAGCUGGUCCACCGCACUGAGUUUGUCAAGAACAACCUGAGCCCCGUUUGGGAGCCAUUCAAAGUCUCUCUGAACUCUCUCUGCAGCUGCGAAGAGAAGCGGAAGCUGAGAUGCGUUGUCUUUGACUACGAUUCCCGUGGCAAACAUGACUUCAUUGGAGAGUUUUACACAACCUUCGAGGAGAUGCAGAAAGCUAUGGGGGGAAACAAGAUCCAAUGGGACUGUAUGAAUCCAAAGUACAAGCUGAAGAAGCGAAACUAUAAGAACUCAGGCGUGGUCAUUCUCCUGGACCUCAAGAUCCACAGGGUCUACUCAUUCCUGGAUUACAUCAUGGGCGGUUGCCAGAUCCACUUCACGGUGGCGAUUGACUUCACCGCCUCCAAUGGAGACCCCCGAAACAGCUGCUCCCUCCACUACAUCAACCCUUACCAGCCCAAUGAGUACCUGAAGGCCCUGGUCGCUGUUGGGGAGAUUUGCCAGGACUACGACAGCGAUAAGAAGUUCUCUGCCUUAGGCUUUGGAGCCAGGAUCCCACCCAACUACGAGGUUUCCCAUGAUUUUGCCAUUAAUUUCAAUCCGGAGGAUGAUGAGUGUGAAGGUAUCCAAGGCGUAGUGGAGUCCUAUCAGAACUGCUUGCCCAAGAUCCAGCUCUAUGGGCCCACCAACGUAGCCCCCAUCAUCUCCAAAGUAGCCAAAGUUGCCGCUGAAGAGGAGAAAACCAAGGAAGCUUCACAAUAUUUCAUCCUGCUGAUCCUGACGGACGGCGUGGUGACCGACAUGGCCGACACGCGAGAGGCCAUUGUGCGGGCCUCAUACUUGCCAAUGUCCAUCAUCAUUGUAGGCGUGGGCAAUGCCGACUUCACCGAUAUGCAGAUCUUAGACGGCGACGAUGGCGUCCUGCGUUCUCCCAAGGGGGAGCCCGUCCUGCGCGACAUCGUACAGUUUGUCCCAUUCCGCGAGUUCAAAAACGCUUCUCCCACUGCCCUGGCCAAGUGUGUGCUGGCAGAGGUGCCCAAGCAGGUGGUUGAAUACUACAGCUACAAGGCCUUACCUCCCCGCAGCCAGAAGGGCGGCAGCACCCCUGAUGCCACCCUGAACUCACCUCAGUGACGAGGGUCUUCCCCUGGUUGGGACCCCUGACUACGUUGUCUGUCUUCCCAUCAUCUGCCAACUCAUCCCGCCCCCCCAGUGGAGCCAUGGAAGGGAAAGAGAGAGCACUAAGCACUGCCAGACACACAAGAUGGGGAUCGUGGUUUCUCCCAUGAGCAUUGACUGCUAAAACCGCCAGAGGAGACCAAGAGUUCUGGGUUGGCCAUCCUUGAUGGCCUGCGCCACAAGGCCUACAACGCCAUCCUCAUGCGCCCCUCUGCAGCACAGUGGCUGACCAGCGUUGGCCCUGCAAGAAGCCAAUGAAGUAGGUGUCCGUCUUUCCGGAGGGGAGCAAGUGUCAGACACACAUACACCCCACACACAGGAGGAUACACUUUGUGAAUGGCAUGUUACUGAUGUCAAGCUGGGAGAUGUAUUUGAAGCCUAAAUGGAGGAAACCCACUCCUGUCUCAGAGAAAGGAGCAAAGGGGUAGGCAGAUGGCAUUCCUUGUAUUGAUCUGGAGGACAGUGACUGCAAGGAGGGUCGGCUGAGGGAGAAUAUUGAGCUGUGUGCCACACACACACAUGGCAUGCACCCUCUGGCCACCAGAGAGGGUGCCUUUUUCUGUAGUUCCCCCAUCCCCUUCUUCAAUGGCAUUGUGGAUUCCUGCCCCAGCAAGGGAUUGGACUAAGUGGCCCUUGGGGGUCCCAUCCAUCCAUGUAUCCAUCUGUCUUUCAUGCUAUUUAUACCCCACUUGACCCCAAACUGAAACCCAAGGCUGCUUACAAAGUAGACAGCUACAACUCGUAUGUUUCUCCAGGCUCAGCCAAGAGAUCCUACUCCCAAGAGGAGGAAGCCAUGGAAGUAGUGGGUUGAAGAGGGCAGAAGGGAGGCUGGUGGGGAGGAAUGAACAACACAAAUAUACACUAUACUCACACUGCUGCUGCACACACAAACCUUGCUCCUUGCAUUGUGCCACAAUUCCUCAACCGCUGGUGAAGUUGGUUGUGCCUCGCCAAGAAACUGGAGUGUCCUGUCCUUGGAUUUUUACUGGUGAGGCUUAUUGCUGAGACCCCACUGAAGACUCCUAGUCUUGUUGAAGAGGAGAAGAUCUAAAGAAGCCCUUAGGACUGUGCAAACUCCCCAGAAGUCCAGACUUCUCCAUUGCUCCUUUGCCCUUUCCAGUGGGGAGAAACACUUAGCUUUCCUCGCUUCUCCUGAGUAACUAGUUAGAGCCACUUUCCUUUUUAUCCCCUUGCAGAAAUUACCUAGGAGGGAUGUGGCAUUGCAGGGGCAUGAGGAUGGGGUGCCAUUGCUUCUUGCUAUGGCACAAGGAGCAUGGCCAUAGCCAAAAGGAGGAUCCCAGCUGCAUUGCUGUUGCACUUGUGUCCCUUUUCCCUCCCCAUCCUGCGCACGAAUUCCUUGGGCAGUGUUUCCAACGUCCAGCUCUGGCUCUUUUUUCCAUGUGGUCCGUGGUCAUCUUUCACUGUGGUGUUGUCGUUCGCCUAAGGUUUGCAUGACUGACCUCCUGUUCUUGAUGUACUAAGGGAAGCAGCCAAAUAAAAGGAGAUGCUGUGUUUCCUUG